CAAAGAUUAUUUAUAAAAAAUGAAAACGUUAGAGCAGUGCACCCAAGAGGAGCGAGACGAGCUGAUGUCGUUUGAUGUGAACCCUAUUUCUCCUCAGAAAAUGGAGUACAUCAAUGAACUCCGGAGAAGAAGCCAGGAUCUACUUGAUUCGUACAAUUAUCCCGACUACAUUACUUGUGAUAUCGAAUUAUUGCGCUUUGUGCGGGGAUUCAUGUUUAACAUUGACGAGGCUACAGAAGCUUUUCGUAAGAUGCUUAUUUGGAGAAAGGAGCAGAACGUGGACGCCUAUUUUGAGAAGGUGAAGGAAGUGAAUUUCGAUAUUCACAAGGUUCCUUACGCCGAUGUAUUUGAACCCUUGUUCCACACGAGUUAUCACCACAAGGAAGACAAGGAAGGCCACUUCAUCGACAUUCGUCUUCUGGGAUCGGUGAAUGUGAACGGAAUCAUUUCUCGUCCGAUCGAGGAGUGGAUCGACUACAAUAUCUACACCCUGGAGUGGCGUAUCUACCUGCUCAACAAGCUCAGCGCGGAGACAGGCAAGCUUCAGCGUCUGUGCUGCAUCCAGGACUUGAAAGGCGUCGGCAUGCACAUGAUUUCUCCAACGCUCAUCAAGUAUAUGAAGGCGAUGUCGUCGGUGACUUCGCACAACUACCCCGAAACAAUGCACAAGUCCUUCAUCACGAACGCUCCCGGAAUCUUCUCCUCGCUGUGGUCGAUCGCCAAGCCCAUGAUGCAUCCCCGCACCGUGAACAAGUUCACGAUUCUCAAGGGCGACUAUCAAGAAGAGCUCUACAAGUACAUCCCUGUCCAGAACCUCCCUGCGUAUCUGGGAGGAAUUUGCCAUUGUGAGGAAGGCUGCUUGUGCUGCUUGAAGAACGAGGAGAACUUCAAGAUCCCCGUUUCGAAGUUCUUCACGAUGCCGGUCGAGGUGAAGGCAGGGAGCUGGAAACAUCAACAAUAUCGUGCGGUUCAAGGCGAACGGGAGCGAGCAGGAGCAGGAAGUGUACAAAGGCGAGCGAAUCACGAACCACAAGGGAAGCUUCACCGUGUCGGAGGACGGAACGAUCUCGUUCUUUUUUGAUAACUCCUUCUCGUGGCUGGCCAGCAAAGUGGUCCUGGGAAUGAUAGAUAUUCAUU